AUGGGCAUCGUUCGCGAGCGCAAGAUCAUCGACGGUGGUUCAGGAAGCAACGGCGUCGGGCGGUCCAGCAGGCGUUGGGCGGUCCAGCAGGUGUCGGGCGCCGGCGGGAGGAAGCUCGAGCGGUGUUCUGCAGCGUCGACGCCCGGGACAGGGGUGCUGCCACAGGCGAACGGCCGGUGGAACAGAGGCGGAGGUGCGGCGACCGCUUGGGAUCUGCUGGCGUCGCGGGUUGCGGGAUCUACAGGUUACAGGCAAGGCGAAUGGGCUGGGGGCAGUGGCGCGGCAGGCGAAGCAGACGCAGAGGCGCCGCAGAAGCGAAACAGAGGCGGAGCAGGGGCGUCGUUGGCGUUGCUGGCGACGGACGAGCGAGCAGGGGUGAACGGCAGGCGAAGCUCGGCUGCUGCGGGGCGUCGCUGGCGACGGACGAAUGAGCAGGGGGGACUCGGAGAUGCGGCAGAAGCUCGGUGA